AUGGCUUCUGUCACCUCCCGCGCAUCGGGUUUCUGGGCGGACAGGAUGACUUACUUUGAAGAUACAGAGCAGGGUAUUGACGAUGUUGAGAUUGGGAUGGGGAGUUAUCAAUGGACGCUGCUGUCAUUAUGUGGAUUCGGAUGGAUGGCAGAUAAUAUGUGGAUUCAAGCUAUUGCAAUCAUUCUCCCUAGAGUACAACAACAUUAUUCAGUUCCUGACAACUACAUCGGGACUCUUUCAUCGUCCAUGUUCGCCGGUAUGAUGUUCGGCGCUGUGGGCUGGGGGACCUGCUCCGACCUUCUGGGGCGGAGCGCUGCAUUUAACGCAACACUCUUCUUCACGGCGUUAUUUGGGAUCAUGGCCUCCUUUGCAUGGUCAUUUUUGUCGCUGUGCAUCCUGCUGUUCUUCCUUGGCAGCGCGGUUGGUGGUUCGAUGCCAACUGACGGCACCCUCCUCCUCGAGCACAUGCCCAACGGGAAGCAAUAUCUUGUCACUGCCCUUUCCGUCUUCUUCUCCUUGGGAUCCGUUCUAUCCGCGGGCGUUGCACUGGCAGUCAUUCCUUCCCGCUCAUGUCCCCCUAGCGAACCUUGCGAUGUCGCUACCCAAAACACAGGCUGGCAAUACAUGCUCAUAACCCUUGGUAUUAUCACACUUUCGAUGUUCCUUGCACGAAUGGUCUUCUUCCGAUUGCAUGAGUCCCCGCGGUACCUCGUGCACGCUGGGCGUCACCAAGAAGCACUAGAAAGUUUACAACUCAUCUCUAGAUUCAAUGGGUCUGAGCUGCCGCUAGAGCUAGAAGAUGUCGAUGACCGACCUCCACCCAUCUCCGAAGUACAUGCACCUACAGGCGAGCGCGUGCCAUUCCUCCCGAACUCCAGCUCCCAAGAUCCCCGCACUGACGGCGAGACGCUAUUUGACGCAGCGGAUAAUAGCAGCACAUCGAGCGACCCAAAUGGGACAAAAGUUUACCAGUCCAUGGACGAAGCAUCUCAUGAUGCACUAGAUGGGCAUCUAUUCAUAACACCCGUAGGAGAGGUGCCUCCACGCGGGCAGAGUCUUGCCCGUGGACAUCACUCCCGUUCUCCCUCUCGAGACUCAGAAUCCGAUGCCAAAGAUCACUUCUCCAUCCCUCAACCGCGCCCGCGGCCCCGCCAAGGCACUACGCACACGCGGACUACAUCUGUCGUAUCUUUUGAGAUGAAACAGCGUGUUGGAAGCGUACUACCGCGAUGGGUACGCCGGCCGUUGCUUGCGUGGCUAGAUCGCGUGGGCAUGGUAUUGGCCCCUGAGUGGUUCCGGACGACGGUACUCGUGUGGGGUGUUUGGUUUUUUAUGUCGCUAGCGUACACGAUGUUUAAUGUCUACCUCCCCAAGCUGCUCGAAACUGGAUCGAGUGAUGAUACCUCCACAAAGUCUCUGGAGGAUAGCUUAUGGGACGUUUUAAUAUUUACGAUGGGAGGGUGUCCUGGUGCCAUCCUCGGAGCCUAUAUGGUGGAAAGUCCUCUUGGCCGGCGGGGCUCGCUAGCUGCGACUACGUUCGUCACAGCGUUCUUUUGUAUCGUGUUCGUGCUCGUGAGAAGCGCCUUUUUGGUGCGCGCCAGUUCGGUGGGGAUCAGUCUAAGCGCCACGACUAUGUAUGCUGUACUAUAUGGCUGGACGCCAGAAAUAUUCGGAACUAAAGUCCGAGGGACCGCGUGCGGCAUUGCCUCUGCGCUGUCACGAAUAGGCGGGAUGAUCGCUCCUAUGCUCGGCGGCGCCCUUCUAGUCGUGAACCGCGCGUUCCCUGUGUGGACGAGCGUCGUCGUAUACGGUAUCACUGGCGUCUUCAUUCUGCUCUUGCAUGAGUCGGCCGGGAAUGGCGGCGGUGAGCGAUCGUUUAUGCAUUGA